AUGGCCGCCGCCGCGAGCUUCGAUGGGCACGGCAGCAGCGCCGGCGCAGGGGCGCUCGGCGUGCACGCCGCGUCGCGCAAGAUCGGCAAGUCGGCUGUCGCGGCGCAGCAGCGGAAGCCGGUGAUUAUAUACAUGGUGUCGCCCAAGAUCAUCCACGUCGAGGCCCACGAGUUCAUGUCGCUGGUGCAGCGGCUCACCGGGCCGGAGGCGGCGGCGGCGGCGGGCGUGGGCGGCGGCGGGGACAGGAAGAGGGCGGUGUCGUCUCCGACGUCGUCGUCGUCGUCACCGAGGGAUCAGGCCGGCGGCUCGCGCAGGGGACCCGGCGGGACGCCGCCGGUGCGCGUCAAGGCGCGCGCCCUGAACCGGCCAGCCGGCCCGGCCGUGUCCGUGUCGGUGACGGCCACGAGGCAGCAGCAGCAGCAGCAGCAGCAGCAGCAGCAGCAGCAGUUUGCCCCUCCCUCCUCCUCGUCGGCGGCCGGGCCGUCGCCGUCGGGGUUCUUGUUCCAUGACCUCAGCCCGCUCCGCGGCGCGGCGCUCAAGGGCGAGGCGGCGCCUCUCGUGUCCCCGGGCAGCUGGCUCCACCACGUCGGCGACCACUUCUUCGGCGCGCCGGCGGCGCUCGGCUCGCCGUCCGCCUUCCUCGACAUCUUCGGGCCGUUGCCGUCGCAGCACCACCAAUGA